UACGCUUCCCGGUGUCCCUGGCGGCGGAAGCCUCGGCUACCGGGGCCGGCGAGGGACGCGGGCGGCUCCGCUGGGGCGCGCCAUGGGCCUGCUGGGGUCAGGGCUGCUGCUGGGGUCGCUGCAGAGGGGGGCGCGUCGCAGCGUGGGGCCGGCCCUGCUGUGGGGAGAUCGGGCGGCGGGCGGCGGCGCCCGGGCCUGCAGCUCCACGCCUGCCCACGGCCUCGAGGGCCCGGCGCGCCGGCGCUCCUACUGGCGCUACGUGCGGCGUCUGGUGCAGGGAGCGCCCUUGCCGCCCUACUCUCGCGUGUGCCAGGUGGGGGACCCGGCGCUGCGGGCCCUGGCGGCCCCGGUAGAGCCGGCGCAGCUGGCGGGGCCUGAGCUGCAGCGGCUGGUGCAGCAGCUGGUGCAGGUGAUGCGGCGCCAGCGCUGCGUGGGCCUGAGCGCGCCGCAGCUCGGGGUACCGCUGCAGGUGCUGGCCCUGGAGUUCCCCGAAGAGCUCUUCCGCGCCUAUGCGCCGCCCCUGCGCGAGGCCCGGCAGAUGGAGCCCUUUCCCCUGCGCGUGUUCGUGAACCCCAGCCUGCGGGUGCUGGAUAGCCGCCUGGUUACCUUCCCCGAGGGCUGCGAGAGCGUCGCCGGCUUCCUGGCCUACGUGCCCCGCUUCCAGGCCGUGCAGAUCUCAGGCCUGGACCCUAGAGGAGAGCAGGUGGUGUGGCAGGUGAGUGGGUGGGCAGCCCGCAUCAUCCAGCACGAGAUGGACCACUUGCAGGGCUGCCUGUUUAUUGACAAAAUGGACAGCAAGACAUUUACAAACAUCCACUGGAUGGAGGUGAAUGACUAAAGCUUUCCCGCUGCAUUUGAGGAUUCUGAAAACCAAGACAAAAACAUUUCGGCUUGGAGCUGGGCACCUCUUACUUGGCAUCAACUUUCUAUUGGCUUGGCUGUGACAGAAAACA